AUGACGUCAUCGCUCCUUCUUCUGUGCUGCCUGGUGUCGUUGUCAUCAGCAGCUGUGAAGCUCCAGGAGAUGUUCUCAUGGAACGUUCUAGACUGGGCGUAUCCUGAUGAGCAGACGAAGCUGAUGGCCAUCAGUUCCGGGGAGCUGAUCCCGGAGAACGCGCUACCUGUCGGCAUUGAGAGAUGGGGGAACAAACUCUUCGUGAGCGUCCCUAGGUGGCGACCAGGUAUUCCCGCGACUUUGAACUACAUACCUCUUGAUGGGCCCCAACACGAUCCAUCACCAAAGCUGAUUCCAUACCCCAGCUGGGCUGCCAACGAGCUCGGCAACUGCGCUAGUGGACUGACAACCGUCUACAGAAUUAAAGCUGACCAAUGCAACCGACUCUGGGUCUUGGACGUCGGCACAUAUGGCUAUGACAAUGCAACGAACGUCUGCCCUUACAGUUUAAGUGUGUAUGAUCUCAAUACCGACAGACGUAUCCGAAGAUAUGUGUUCCGCCCUGAAGACAUAGUGCCCACAACGUUCAUCGCCAACAUUGCCCUUGACAUCGGCAAAUCCUGCGACGACGCCUUUGCAUACUUCUCCGAUGAACUGGGCUACGGUCUUAUUGCUUAUUCAUGGGAAUUAAAUAAGUCUUGGAGAUUCAGCCACGAUUUCUUCAGACCAGACCCUCUUCGUGGUGACUUCAACAUUGGCGGUCUCAAUUUCCAAUGGGGAGCAGAAGGUAUAUUCGGUAUCACGGCUUCUCCAAUUGGUGCUGAUGGAUAUAGGAAUCUUUACUUCAGUCCUCUCGCCAGCCACAUAGAGUUCGCUGUCUCAACCCGCAUCUUGAGGAAUGAAACUGCCGUCUCCGGAUCUUACCAUGACUUUAAAGUUGUGGGAACACGGGGCCCCAACAGCCACACCACGUCGCAUGUUAUGUCAGAACGAGGCAUUGAAUUAUUCAAUCUGAUCGAUCAAAAUGCUAUAGGUUGUUGGAAUUCUGCUCUCCAGUACAAACCACAAAAUAUUGCAGUAGUCGAAAAAGAUGACAUUGGACUAAUCUUCCCUUGCGACGUGAAAAUUGUUGAAGAGAGAGAGGUUUGGGUGUUGUCGGAUCGCAUGUCUCAGUUUUUGGAAUCCGAAUACGGUCUUGAUUACAGUGAUAUCAACUUCAGGAUAUACACAGGCUCCCUUCAUGACUUAAUAGCUGGAACUGUUUGUGAACCUCCUGCAUUGUCGACUCCACCACAGUUCCUUCCGCCAACAGCGGUUGGUCCUGUGACGUAUUACGACUCUCGCUUCGGGCCCGUGCCUCCAUCACCUCAGAUUUACACUCAGCCGCAAGCUCCAAGGCCAUACAACCCUCAAGUGCCUCAGCUGGUACCGAAGGUGACCAGUUAUCUAAAUUUCCAGCCUGCUCCUGCUGUCCCACAGAGAGUAGGAAAAAACAACGUAGUUAAAAACUCCUUUUGGCUUAGGCACAAUUAUGCAGUAAAUGAAUAUUAA